AUGGACAAGGAAACAAAGCUCCAAAAGAAAGAAGAGAGGAAACGCCUAAAGAAAGAACUCAAAGAAAAGGAAAAAUUAGCGAAGAAGGCGAAGAAAAAAGGACCCAAGUUCCAGGUCAAUCUAAAGUCUGCUGAUAGCAUACCAACCCCAGUGGAAGAAGAACAGGCUAUUGAUGAAGCCGAAAGCAGGCUCAACUACACAGAAUUUGUCAAGCAAUAUUCUAAAGCUGUCACGGAUCUGGGGAUGCGAGAAACGAUGACGAAUUAUUUGAUAAAUGAGGGCUCGGAAAGAAAUAUGCUCUGGUCCCUACGAAACAAGUUUGAGCUUCAAAAUCAAGCAAAAAGCUUUCUUCUGGGAAAACGCAUUCCCGUUCCUUUUGCUCAGGGAAAAAUUGACCGAUUUCCAACCGACCCAACGAUGAGCUGCUUCCAGUGCGAUGAAAAGGACACCGAUGCUUGUUGGAGAAAAGGUAAGGAGCAAAUCUGCCACGGCGCAAAUCACGUGUGCCAGAUCGAGGUAAGAAAGCGCUUCGGCAGAACGGAGCGCAUCAGCAUGGGAUGCAAGCAGCUCAAAGCUUGCCAGGACAACAAGUUUCAAAAUUUCAACCAGAAGCCGGACACGCCAACGAAAGAUAUUGGGCUGAUUAUUGACUAUCAGUGUAAUCCGAUUGACUAUGGAAGUGAAAGUACUUGCAGACAAUGCUGCACGACGAAAAACUGUAAUCGUUACUACAAUUGGGACAGUUUCCUGACGAUGUACGAUUGGGACACGACUCUUCCUUGA